CCAUGGCCAGCAAGAGGAAGUCAACGACUCCUUGCAUGAUCCCCACCAAGACCCCUCGGCGGGUUGAGGAGGUGGACCGGGACUCUCCGGGUCUCCGUCAGCCGGACCGACCGGAGUCCUCCAGACUCGAGGCCGCCGCCGCCGCCGGCCCGUACGCCUGCAGGCCGUGCGGCUACGAGAGCCGCGACCUGAACCUGUUCCUGGACCACGUGUACUCGGGCCACCCGGACUUCCGCGCCGACCCCGGCUUCCUCUGCGUGAGCUGCGGGGUUUCCGCGGCCAAGUUCGAGGGGCUGGCGCUGCACAAUGCCCGGGUCCACCCCAGCACGCUGACCACGUCCCUGAGGCUGCGGCGGCGGGAGCGGCGUGCGGUGGUGGAGCAGACGCUGCUGCCGCCCCCGGGGCCGGAGGCCGGCAAGGACGGCGAGAUCUCCAUCACCAAAACCCCCAUCAUGAGGAUGCUGAAGGGCAAGUCGGAGGCCAAGCGCAUCGCGGUGGCCCACGCGCCCCCGGGCGAGCCGGACGCCAUCUCCGCGUCCGGAGAGACGGAGAGGAAGGAGGCGGCGGCGGUGACGGUCGCCCACGUUCCCACGAUCGUCCACAACGGAGCGGCCAAGGUCACGCUGCCCUCAGCGAUCCAGAUCGUCAACGGCUCCGGAGCGCUGCCGAUGCUCAAGACUCCCGUCACACAGGUGGUCUCGGUGGUCCAGAGCAGGAGCCAUCAUCAGUCGACGCCGAUCGCCUCCUUCUCCAUCGCCAAAAACCUCCCCAAGGUGAUGAUUCCUCUGAGCAGCAUCCCCACCUACAGCGCCUCCAUGGACUCCUCCUCCUUCCUGAAGACCUCCUUCAGCAAGUUCCCGUACCCCACGAAGGCGGAGCUCUGCUACCUGACGGUGGUCACCCGGUUCCCCGAGGAGCAGAUCAAGAUCUGGUUCACCGCCCAGAGGCUGAAGCAAGGCAUCAGCUGGUCGCCGGAGGAGAUCGAGGAGGCGCGGCGCAAGAUGUUCAACACCAUCAUCCAGACCGGCGCCGCGGCGCCGCAGCACACCAUCACGGUGGGGAUCCCCCACAUCCUGCGGGGCUCGCUGCUCGGCCAGGGCGGCGUGAUCAUCACGCAGCCGAUGGUGGCGAGCGGCCUCCAGGUGGGCGGCGCCCCCGUGGCCCUGGCGCUCACGCCGAAGCCCCAGGCGGCGGCGCGGCCCGCCAUGCACGUCCGACCGGCCGCGGCGCCGGCGCCGGACAAAGGCGUCGUGGCGGCGGCGGCGGCGGGGACGGCGGGCGGCGGCGGCGGCAGCCGGAGCGGGAGAGUGGGCUCCAUCAUUGCCGGCGGCAACGCCAGCGUCAUCAGCCUCAGCCUCGCCAACGCCGCGCUCAGCAACGGACAACACGGCGCCGCCGAGCGCAGCAACGAGAGCGGCGGCGUCAUCGUGAAGGACGACCACAAAGGCGCCGCCGGCCAGCGGAGGCCAGACGGCGUCCUCGGGAAGAGAGGCGCCGCCGCGGAGGACGUGGAGCCCGACACCGGCGGCGCCUCGCCGGCCCUCGCCACGGAGGAGGCGUCGUCGCCCGCCUCCGAGUCGUCCCCCGCGUCCCCGGCGGCGGGCUCUCCGCCGCCCGCCGGCGCCUUCCUGGACGCGACCUUCUGCCGCGGGAAGAAGUCCCCGGAGCAGCUCGCAGCGCUGAAGGACAGCUUCCUGCGCGCCCAGUUCCCCGACCAGGAGGAGGUGGCGCGCCUCCUGGCGCACACGGGGCUCACGGUGCGGGAGGUCCGCAAGUGGUUCAGCGACCGCCGCUACCACUUCCGGAACCUCAAGGGCGUGCGCUCCGGCGGCGUCCAGGGGAAGUCCGGCGGCGGCGAGGAGCCGUCCGAGAGCGCCGGGACGCCGCAGCACGGCUCGGCGCCGCUGAGCCCGACGGCGCCGCAGACUCCCACCUCUCCCACCACGCCGUCCCGGAGGCUCCCCAGACCGCCGUCUCCGGAUUUCACGGCGAUCCGCUACAAGGAGAGAGAACCGCACCAGGUCAAGGCGCUGGAGGGCAGCUUCCUGCGGGACUCUGAGCCGGCGGGAGAGGAAGUGGACCGACUGCGGUCCGAGACCAAGAUGACCCGGAGGGAGAUCCACGGCUGGUUCGCCGACAGGAGGAAGCGAGUGGCGGUCGAGAAGAAGAAGGAGGAGGCGCAGCGGGCGAUGAUGGCGGCGGCCGGGGAGGAGCGGCAGAAGGAGGACGGCUCGGCGGAGCUGAAGGUCAACCCCAUCAAGAUCAACCUGAAGAUGCUCAAGGUCACGGAGGCCAGCGGGAAGCCGGAGGGCGAGGCCUCGGACGGCCCGCCGCCCGCCUCCUCCUCCUCCUCCCCCUCCCCGAAGCCGGCGGCGGUCCGCGGGAAGAAGACGGCGGCGCAGCUGCAGGCGCUGAAGGCGGUGUACGCCCGCACGCAGUGGCCCAGCGCCGCCCAGUACGACGCCAUGCUGGCGGCCACCGCGCUGGCCCGGCCCGAGGUGGUGCGCUGGUUCGGGGACUGCCGCUACGUCCAGAAGAACGGGCAGCUGAAGUGGCUGGAGGCCUUCCAGACCUCGGCGCUGGAGGAGGAGCUGCAGAAGGGGAGCGCGGGGGAGGUGCUGCAGGCGCACUACGACGCCCACGGCAGGCCGGAGGAGGCGCAGCUUCAGGAUCUGGCUCUGAGCUGCGGCUCCACGGCCGACUUGGUGCGACAUUGGUUCUCCUCCAAGGCGCCGCCGCCCCGGCUGGAGCCAUCAACAACAACAACAACAACAAUAACAACAACAGCGACCGCCGCCGCUCACAGGAAAGAACCAAGAGCCGUCGCACCGAGAGCAGGGGGAGGAGCGGAGGAAGGGAAGGAGAAGGCGGGGGAGGAGGAGAAGAAGCUGGAGAAGGCGGGGGAGGAACAAGUGGAGAAGAAGAAGGAGGAGAAAAAU